GUGCUGCAUUAGGCGAUGCGGUGGGUCUCGCCACAGAAUUUUUAAGUAAAAAAAAGGCUAAAAACAUAUAUGGCGUUGGUCCUAUAUCUUUUGGUAGUGAUAAAGGUUACAAAUUUUAUGCUGAUAGACAUAGAGAAAGAUGGUAUGUGGGUGAAUGGACUGAUGAUACUGAUCAACAACUUCUUAUUAUCGAUUCUUUACUUUGCUCUAAUGGCAUAUUCAAUACGCGAGAUUUUGCAAAGCGCUUAAGCAAAUGGGAUGAAGAGGGCUACCCAGAACUUGAAAAUAAACCACCAAAUGGAAUUGGUAAAACCGUUGGUUCUGUGUUGAACCAUUCAAAGUUCAAGAGGUUGCCCCAUAGUGCCGCUUGGGAUGUAUGGGUUCAAUUUAAUUGUAAUAUGGCCGCGAAUGGUGCUUUAAUGCGUACAGCAAUAUUGGGUAUUCCGUUCUUUUGGGAUGAAAAACAAGUGAUAAAACAAACUUUACAAGCCACUAAAGCUACUCACGCUGAUCCAAGAUGUUGUGUUUCUAGUGUGAUUGUUACGAUUUUAAUUUCAAGAUUAAUUCAAGGAAAUAUACAGGACACCCUUCCAGACUUAGAUGAAGAUCGAAAUACAUUAUGGUUUGAACGACAGAAAAAAAUCCGUGCUAGUUUAAAUAGCUCAAAACAAGACAAUCAAGAAAUUCCAAAAAUUCCAGAUCCUUUACCUCCUGGCAUGGACACGUUUGGUGCUGACCCUGAAAUAUUGGCAUUAACAAAAUCUGUAGUUGAUAGGUAUAAAUUCAUGACAAACGGCAUCAAUGUCACAUCACUUAGUAAAACAGGACCUACGAAAGGUUCCAAGUUCAGUAAAUUUCAGACAGAUAUGGGUGAAACAGCUCUUUUACAACAUUGUUUUCCCGAUACUUUGGCAGCAUUAAAGUUGGAUGAAUAUCCAAACAUCGGAUAUGUUUACAAGUGUCUUGGUGCUGGGUUAUAUUGCUUUACGAGAAAUUUGAACCAGCAAAGUAGUGAAGGUGAUGCUUUUAAGAAGAUUAUUACGGAACUGAUUCUGGAAGCUGGAGAUGCUGAUACAAAUGGAGCAGUAGCUGGAGCUCUAUUAGGUACCAGAAUUGGAUAUAAUAAGCUACCUAAAGAAUGGGUUGAAGGUUUGAAAUUUAAAGAUUGGUUAGAAAAGAGAGUUGAUAGUCUUUGGGCUAUUUUAUCUAGUGAAGAAGUAAAAAUAUCUUAA